CUCGUCGUUGCUUGCCUUCACUCUCCCCUUCUUUCUCCCCACCCGCAAACCGACCUUUGUCUCUCGCUAUACAGCAUUCAGAUCAUCUUUUGAUCAGUCCUUCGUUUCGUCUUUCCAACCAGCUUGCUUCGCGGUUUUACAUACCAUAAUGUCUCUCAAGAGUGUUUCUCUCCUUACCCUCGCGGCUCUCGCGCCGCUGGCCGUGGCUGUCCCCACGUCCUCCGUCCUGGAGGCUAGGGAUAUGCCGAGGCCGCUAUUCGGCAGCGUGCCUUGGGGCUCCCGCCUCGGUCUUGGUGUCUCGCCCUGCACCACGCCGGGCAAGAUCGCCCUGACCUUUGACGACGGCCCGGGCUCCCUCACCAAGACCAUUGUCGACACCCUGCAGAGCGAGGGUGUCAAGGCCACCUUCUUUAUCGUCGGCGAGAACGGCCCCUUCGCCGGCCUGACCCGCCCGGCGUACCACGACCUGGUCAAGUUCAUGCACAAGGAGGGCCACCAGCUGGCCUCGCACACCUUCAGCCACCCCGAUCUCACCACCAUCAGCCGCGCCGAGAUCAAGGAGCAGCUGGUCAAGAACGAGGCCAUCUUCGCCGACGUUCUCGGCUUCGUGCCGACCUACUUCCGCCCCCCCUACACCGCCUGCGACGAGCAGUGCUACUCGGUUCUGAAAGAGCUUGCCUAUCACGUUGUCGACUACAACCUCGACACCCUUGACUGGGACGUCCAGACCAACUCGGAUACCAUCUUCACCCAGGCCAUGUCGUCGGCCAACCCUGCGACCAACUCGUACAUUUCGCUGUCGCACGAUGUCCAGGAGUUCACCGCCAACGGUUUCGUCAAGCGCAUGAUUGACCAGGCCCGCGCCAAGGGCCUCAAGUUCGUCACCGUUGGCGAGUGCCUGGGCGACCCGGCCGCUAACUGGUACCGUGACCCCGUCACCGGAGAGCCCUUUGGCAGCGUCAAGCCCCCGGUGUCGUCCUCGACUUCUACCGUGAAGCCAACCACGACCGCGAACCCGACCACGACCGUGAAGCCGACCACGACUGUGAGCCCGACCUCGACUGUGACUCCCACCACGACUGCCAACCCCACUCCUCACUACGGCAACGGCACCAUCGUGACCGCCACGCACACCUCGUACACCACCUACUGCCCGCCUGACCACCCUACCAGCGGCUUCGUGCCUCUGCCGCCUGCGCCCACGGGCACCACCAAGACCCCGAUCCCGGGCCCUCACACCGUCAUCAUGCCGGUCUGCCCUGGCUGCCCCAAGCCCACUCAGUCUGCUCCCUUCCCCACUGGCGGCAAGCCCGGUGGCAGCGCUCCUCACGGCACCGUCGCCAUCGUCAAGCCUCCCACCGACACUGGCGCCCCCAAGCCUCCCCCGGUCACCGCAGGCGCCGGCCGUGUUGCCUUUGCCAACGUCGCGGCUGCGUCUCUCUUCGCGGCCGCUGCCUGGCUGGCCCUGUAAAAUGGUGUCAGCAGGAAGCAUUCUCUUUUGUGACUGAACAUGACGGAAGAUCUUCAUCCCCUUUUUGGGCAUCAAGUUAUGUAAUAUGAUGGAUACCUGAAGAUAGUUGGCAAAUACCCCUAAUUUCCAUUUUCCACCCCUU